CUUUUCUUAUAUCAUCUAUUUCUGUCCCUGAAGACUUUGAAAAACGAUAACAACAAGACAUUAUCCACUAUGGUACAGCUUGCUUGCACCCUUGCCGCCGCCGUCCUUAUUGUGUUUGCUGUAGAAACUCAUUGUCAAAAACCGAGUCGUGGUCUUCCUGGGAUCAGACCAUGUGAUGAUCAGUACCUGCUCCGUGAUAACGACCAACAGCAACAAUCACGCAAGAUAUCUUAUGCACACGAUUGCUGCGGCCGCCAUCCUUACAAUCCGCGCUAUCAGCUUUGCUGCCGCGGUCAGCUUCGCUUUAAAAAUCCUGGUCACUACUGUUGCGGUUCCUCCACCUAUAAUUCUAGAUCACAGCUGUGUUGUAAUGGCGCUGUAAAGAGCAAGGCAGGUUCUCUCAACGCCUGCUGUGGCAGUGUCCCGUAUGACAGCAGUAAAAAAAGCUGCUGUUAUGGAAACCUCGUUGCCAGACCUCCUGGCGGUCAACCCAGUAGAUGUUGUGGAUUGCAAAGCUACAACCCUUCUACUCACGUGUGCUGUUCUAGAACAAUUUCACCGAAGCCAGCUCAGUGCUGCGGGAGCGCGUCUUACAACCCUAACACACACAACUGCUGUGGAGGAAAAGUGUUGUCAACUGCUGGAAUCUCUUCACCUGGCUGUUGUGGAAGCACUGUUUAUGAUAGAAAUCAAAAGAUUUGCUGCUGGAAUACACUUCAUAACAAGAUAAAUAACUUACAGACUGGAUGUUGCGGUAAAACGCUUAUCUUCACCAGUCAUCAGAUAUGCUGCCUCGGACAGGUCACAAAUAAGCCAGCCGGUGUGCAGAAUCCACGCUGUUGUGGAAGACAGGGCUACAACCCUACUACUCAGAUGUGUUGCUCAGGACAAAUCUCGACUAAACCAUCCGGAGUACAGAAUGCGCGCUGCUGUGGAACACAGGGCUACAACCCAGCAACCCAGGUCUGUUGUGGAAACAAGGUAUUCUCGAACGCCAAAUUCUGCUGUGGACGAGUCGGUUAUAAUCCUAUGACCCAAACCUGUUGUGGCGGGCGGGUUCUUACACCCCAUGGUGGACCCUUCCAUGGCUUGAGCAGAUGCUGUGGAGGAUCACUGUACAAUCCAAGUUUUCAGGAUUGCUGCCACGGAAGAUACACAAGACCUAAAGGCUGCUGCUACAUCAGGCAUCAGAAGGGAUCCCAAUACAGCAAUAGAUUUUGCAGCGAACUUCAGUAGUCGACGCACAGCAAUGAAAUUACGUCGAGGAGAACUUUGAAUAUACACAGUGUAGCUUUUUUCCAAGUUACUGCAGCUGAUUUACUGUCUGCUUGAGACUUGCUGGCAAACGGUAUAAAAUUAUGCUAAGCAUUCCAAUAAAGGUUUUUUUUACA